AUGCGCAGUCGCCGGACGGCAUCCGGCGCCGCCGAAGGUCCUGUUGGUGAUGCCGCUGCCAACGCUCCCCACCGUUUGCGGUCACCUUCGCCACCGUCGGCGUCGUCAUCGUUACUGCACAGUGCGUCCUUAUUCUGUGCGCGAAAGGAAUCAGACUCGAGCAAUGUAGACGUGUGCGACGCGUACGCGAUACGUCUUCGGAACGAGGCGGUAGAUGCGGUGCGAUACCGUCGGUCAUAUUGGCAUGUGCACUGCUCCCCCAGCAUCCUGGUAGCCCUUCUCAUCUGGGUGACGAUUGGCCUUGUCGUGUACACGAAGCUCGACAGCUUUCAUCUGCGUAACGGUGCCGCACCCACAACCUCCUCCGCUGAGACGGUGCACUCACAACUUCCUGACGGCUGCCUUGACCACCAUUGUCUGAAGGAUGGCGGAAGUGAGCUCUUUGGAGCCGUUCUCGGAGCCCACAACGGCGUCUUUGCCUACAGUAACUGCAACAGCAACACCUGCAUCUCCCACCUAGAGCACCAGAUGGAGAUCCCUCUCCCACCCGGGUCUCGGACGACUCUCGACGCUCCACACGCAACGACCCGCCCCAUGAAAACAGGGAUGAAGUGGCAAUGCGUCGAGUACGCACGGCGGUACUGGAUGCUGCACGGCAAACCGACUCCCGCCCUCUUCGGCACUGUGGUAGGUGCCGCCGAUAUUUGGCACUCCAUCCACUCUGUUACCUUUCUCGACAACAAAACAACAGCGCCGCUGCUUAAGUUUCAGAAUGGCGCGAAGCUGGGCUACGGUGGCAGCGCACCUCGUGUCGGUGACUUGCUCAUCUACCCCCGCGAUACCCUGGGCAAUUUCCCAUUUGGCCAUGUCGCUGUGGUGGUUGGGGUGGAGAUGCCCGCGAACGCUGAGGCGAACGACUCCUAUACGGACGCUGAAAUGGCAGCAGCACAGCUGCGUCAGCGACGCGGCCUCGUCUACAUUGCAGAGCAAAACUGGGACAGCGUACCGUGGCCGAAGCCAUACCACAACUACUCACGCUCGCUGCCGCUGGUGGUGCUGGAGUCGGCGGAGGGGCAACCGCUGCAGUACACGAUUGAGGAUUCGUUUCAUGGAGUUCAGGGCUGGGCGCGGUACGAUGACGUGCCGUAG